UCUCCAACUAACCCCCACAUUUGGCCAUUGCAGUAGUCAUGGGGCUCAAAACAAACUCCAUUUGGCUCUUUGCCUUUCUCUUUGCACUCUUCUCCAUCCUAAUUGCUCUGUUCACACUCCCUCCUCCUUCCCAAACACCCAUCUCCGUCACCUUCGAAGCUUCCCUCGUCACGAAAUUCGUGAGCCAAACCAGCGAAUUCAUAUCCUUGUUAAAAAGGAUGGUGUCUAGACAUCACCACCGCCGCCACCGUCAUCGUCAUCACCAUCAUCGGUGGGGACGUGAGCAGAAAUGUGAUCACGUCAAAUGGAUUUCAAACUCGAUCGCAAGCAGCCUCAUUUAUCAAUACAAAGUGUCACUUGUAUUAACAGUUGACCUAGAGGGUUGCGCUAACUUCAGCACCGUGCAGAAGGCGGUCAACGAAGUUCCGGAUUUCAGCCCCACCAAGACACUGAUCGUUAUUUAUUCUGGUACAUACAGGGAGAAGGUAGUGAUCCAUAAGAGCAAAUCGAACUUGAUAAUCCAAGGUGAGGGUUUUCUCAACACAGCAAUUGAAUGGAAUGAUACUGCAAAUUCCACUGGAGGAACUGUGUCUAGCUCUUCGGUUGCCAUAUUUGCUCCUAACUUCACAGCUUAUAACAUUAGCUUUAAGAAUACAGCUCCAGAGCCAAUGCCUGGUGAGACUGGACAGCAGGCAGUGGCACUCCGAAUUGCGGGGGAUCAAGCUGCUUUCUACAAUUGUGGAUUUUAUGGAGCCCAAGACACACUUCUUGAUGAGCGUGGGAGACACUAUUUCAAAGGAUGUUUCAUACAAGGUUCCAUUGAUAUCAUUUUCGGGAAUGCUCGAUCACUUUAUCAGGGUUGUGUUAUCAAUUCGAUUGCUAAAGAGGGGACGAGUGGAGUUAGCGGAUCCAUCACAGCUCAUGCAAGGCAAUCGAUAAGUGACCAAACCGGGUUCUCGUUCGUCUACUGCAUUGUUCGGGGGACCGGGAGCAUCUGGCUCGGACGAGCUUGGGGAGCUUAUGCCACCGUCGUGUUUUCCCGAAGUUACAUGACUGACGUUGUGGAUCCGGUCGGAUGGAAUGACUGGCGAGACCCCUCUAGAGACCAGACUGUGUAUUUCGGUGAAUACGAGUGUUUGGGACCCGGAGCAAACUACUCACGAAGAGCCUCUUAUGGGAAGCAGUUGAUGGAAUACGAAGCAGCUGAAUACAUGAACAUUUCAUAUAUUGACGGAGAUCAAUGGCUUCAAGAUUAGACCUUCAUCUUUAUAAAAUCAUAUAUCUUCAGGUCCGUAUACGCAU